CAUUUUCUUCUUUCUAGAGUUUUAGAAUGCCAAGGGCUGCCCAUUGUGAACGGGCAAUGUGAUCCCUAUGCCACCGUUACCUUAGCAGGACCCUCCAGAUCGGAAGCCAAAAAGACUAAAGUUAAAAAGAAGACCAACAAUCCACAUUUUGAUGAAGUGUUUUAUUUUGAGGUUACAAGACCCAGUAGCUACAACAAGAAAUCCCAUUUUGAUAUUGAAGAUGUUGAUGAAGUUGACAAAAUGGAGAUUAGGGUUGAUCUUUGGAAUGCCAGUAACUUGAAGUUUGGAGACGAGUUUCUAGGAGAACUGAGACUCCCUUUGAAAUUUCUCCGACAGUCUAGUUCUUACGAAGCAUGGUAUUUCCUGCAGCCCAGAGAUAAUGGUAACAAGUCAUUGAAACCUGAUGACCUUGGUUCCUUAAGGUUAAAUGUGGUUUACACUGAGGACCAUGUUUUUUCCUCAGACUAUUACAGUCCACUUAGAGACCUCCUGCUAAAAUCUGCAGAUGUUGAGCCUGUUUCAGCAUCAGCUGCACACAUUUUGGGUGAAGUUUGCAGAGAAAAACAGGAAGCAGCCAUACCUCUUGUCAGGCUUUUCUUACACUAUGGCAGAAUUGUGCCUUUCAUAAGUGCCAUUGCAAAUGCUGAAGUGAAGAGAACUCAAGAUCCAAACACCAUUUUCAGAGGAAACUCAUUAACUUCCAAGUGCAUUGACGAGACAAUGAAACUGGCAGGGAUGCAUUAUCUGCAAGUUACACUAAAGCCAAUUAUAGAUGAGAUCUGCCAGGUUCAUAAACCUUGUGAAAUUGAUCCUGUGAAAUUAAAAGAUGGUGAAAACCUGGAAAAUAACAGGGAAAAUUUGAGGCAAUAUGUUGAUCGUAUUUUUACUGUAAUUACAAAAUCUGGUGUAAGCUGCCCUACAGUGAUGUGCGAUAUUUUCUUUUCACUGAGAGAAUCAGCUGCCAAACGUUUUCAAGGUGACCUAGAUGUGAGGUAUACAGCUGUCAGCAGCUUUAUUUUCCUGAGAUUCUUUGCUCCUGCCAUUCUUUCCCCAAACCUCUUUCAGCUUACACCACACCAUCCAGAUCCUCAGACUUCUCGAACUUUGACACUUAUCUCUAAAACCAUUCAAACGCUAGGCAGCCUAUCAAAAUCUAAAUCUGCCAAUUUCAAGGAAUCCUACAUGGCUACUUUUUAUGACUACUUUAAUGAGCAGAAAUAUGCAGAUGCAGUAAAAAAUUUUCUAGAUUUAAUUUCAUCUUCGGGAACUAGAGAUCACAAGAGCAUAGAGCAACCUAUAUUGCUUAAAGAAGGGUUCAUGAUCAAGAGAGCACAAGGAAGAAAACGAUUUGGUAUGAAAAACUUCAAGAAGAGAUGGUUUCGCCUGACAAACCAUGAGUUUACCUAUCAGAAAAGCAAAGGUGAUCACCCUCUGUGUAGCAUUCCAAUUGAAAACAUUCUGGCAGUGGAAAGACUGGAGGAGGAAUCCUUUAAAAUGAAAAAUAUGUUCCAGGUGAUCCAGCCUGAAAGAAGAGUCUUGUAUAUCCAAGCAAAUAAUUGUGUGGAGGCCAAGGACUGGAUUGAUAUCCUCACCAAAGUUAGCCAAUGCAACAAGAAGCGCCUCACGGUUUACCAUCCCUCUGCCUAUCUUAAUGGCCACUGGCUUUGCUGUAAAGCUACUGCAGAUAAUACUCCUGGCUGCACACCCUGCACAGGAGGCCUGCCAGCAAAUAUACAACUGGAUAUAGAUGGAGAUAGAGAAACUGAGCGCAUCUACUCUCUUUUCAACCUGUAUAUGCCAAAAUUGGAGAAAAUGCAAGAGGCCUGUGGCAGCAAAUCUGUGUAUGACGGACCUGAAGAGGAAGAAUAUUCUACAUUCAUCAUUGAUGACCCUAAGGAGACAUAUAAAACACUAAAGCUGAUUAUUGAAGGCGUUGGAACUUUAGAGCAGGAGCAUGCUCAAUAUAAGAGAGAUAAAUUUAAGAAGACAAAAUAUGGAAGCCAAGAACAUCCCAUUGGUGACAAGAGCUUCCAGACGUACAUCAGGCAGCAGUCGGAGAUCUCAGCACAUUCCAUAUGAAGUGCAAAGGAAGUCACAGGACAACGCUGAAGGGUCGAUCAGUGAAGCUAAAUAGCAAAACAAAAGGGAAGCCACACAUGUAGCAAAAUGUAUGGAUAAGUGUCAAGCUUACAAACUUUGAGACUUGCUAAACGUAUUCUCUUUUCAAGAAACUGUUAUAAUAGUUGCUAUGCACUUUAUUCAUCUGGCUAUUGACAGAUGAUAAAACUCUGCCUUCUAGGCAGUUGUUGUCAUGUGUAUUUUUAAAUUUGCUUUGGUUUCUUGGAAUCUAGUGAUCAGUUCAAUGAUCAAGGUGUGUGGACUUCAUCUUGACAACUCCAAUGCAAUUCCUUAUGUUUCAGAAACCAAGCGUGCUGCUAAUAUGCAGCAUUUUCUAGAAUGGUUGUUUGUUACUGUUUUUUGUUCCAGAUUAAUGUAUAUUAUGUCACCACCCCUGCGUGCUCUCUUAGGAAAAGCUUAGUAACACUCUACUUUUAAUGCCUGCAUUUAGAAAAGAAGCAGAGAAAAAACCUCUGGUGUAAUCUCUUGUGUUGUAGCUUGUAUUCUGAGCAGGCCAAGGAGCAGGCCUUUUGUUUUUACAGCAGCAUAAUUUUUGCUAAAUGUGCACAGUUUUUAAUAGAAAUUCAGAUCUGAAUGGUACUCUUGAUAUUUUUGAGAUACAAAGUCAUUUCUCCAGCCGCAUUCAGCAGACUGGUUUUGAAGAUGCAAUCUCAGCAGUAUAAUAAAACUGACUCUCAUAAAUAUGAGUGAGAAAGGAAUGAACUUAUGUCAAAGCUACGUGUCUCUUAUGCAGUCCAGUGAAUGGUAAUCUUUGAAAGUCUGCCAACUGAAAGGCAAGGUAAGCGGAUUUUGAUGACCUUUUACCACCACAGCAAGAAGGACGAAUAGAACACGAGUCUGGCAGCUGAGACACACUGACUCCCAAGCACAAAAGCUGUCAAGAUGGGUUUUCUCUGAAAGGAUGUUUAAGCACUGGAGUCCAUGCUAUCCUAAUACCACUUGUUUUUCUGGAAAAUAGAUUUCUACUUUUCCAAAAAUGUUUUUAAAUACUUUUUUAAAGAGACUUGUUAAAGGAUAUUUAGUAUAUUAACACGCAUAAUGGUAACUUGUUAAUAUUCUGAGAGUAGUGAAAAUGGAAUGAGCUGUGUAUCUCACAAAUACCAACAAAAGACAUUAAGGAGAGGAAUAAAGAUCUGCUAAAUAUAAGAUAUGUAUUUAUGUAUGCUGUUUAGUUGUACACCGUAACUUUCCUCUGUAUUAGGGUCUGAUUUGUAAACAUCUAGCUUUGAUGGCACGGAAGCCUGCAUGAUGGACUUUAAGCUUCUGUGGGGUGGAAGCUAGUGUUGGUUUAAAGCUGAAUUGGAUCAGAAAGCAUUGAACUACUAGUUUCAUGUGAAGAUAUCUGUAUCUUCGCUUAAAAUGUUACAGAGUAACUCUUAACUGUGUCCUCAUUGCAUCUGACAUGAUUUAAGAUGGCUGAAGUACUUUGCCUCUGUUUGUUAGUGAUGCUCUUAGGAAUGAGGUUUGUUUUUUGUUUGAGUAUAUAGUAGACCACCUCCUAGUAGACAAUAAAUGAUCUUUUAUUCAUCUUCACCCAGCAGAUUGGGGAAAGGGAAGUAAUGAAGCAUUGCAGAGAUGCAUUUUGGACUCCAAGCUUUUAGCUGCCAUGAACUGCAAUUUUUAACAUGUAUUUGUAACUUAAUAUUGUUUAUAAAAUACUAAUUACCUGUAAUGUGUGUUCUACUUGCCAAUUAAAAGGAAUGUUUUAUUUCUGAAAA